AUGAACGGCAUCAACGGAAAAAAUGCUGUCCCGCAGCAACUCAAGAGGGCUGAGGAAGUCGAGGAUUUGCUCGAUGCCGUCAAGGAGUUGAUUGUUCCUUACAUCAGAGCUGCCGACGAUGCCGCGGGACAGAAGGCUGGCGGGAACACCUCGGUGAACAUUCCCGGUGUUCCGAGUAACGUACUAGUCGACACACAAAAGCCGGAGGCCUUGGUAGAGAAGCUGAAGCUCUUACUACCGCAGGGUGAUGGCCUUGGCAAGGAUGGCUUGCUUGAUGUGGUGCAGAAGAUCCUGAGGUACAGCGUGAACACUUGGGACCAAGGCUUCAUGGACAAGCUCUAUGCCAGUAACACACCCGUCGGCGUGGUUUCUGAUCUUCUCUUGUCCGUGCUAAACACCAAUCUCCAUGUGUACCAAGUUUCUCCUGCUUUGAGCAUCAUCGAAAAGAUUACCGCUCGAAAGUUUGCGAAUCUGUUCGGCUUCACCGGCCCCCGUGCUGGAGGAGUCACAUGUCAAGGCGGCAGCUCUUCCAAUCUGACGUCGCUGGUCGUCGCUCGCAGCGCUCUCUACCCCGAGACCAAGGCAUCCGGCAACGGAUCCCAUGACUUUGUAGUCUUCACUAGUGCCCACGGGCACUACUCCGUCGAGAAGAGCGCGUUGACUUGCGGCCUUGGUGCCUCAAGCGUAUGGGCGGUCCCGAUCGACUCUGAGGGUCGUAUGAUUCCAGGGGCUCUGCGGGAGCUAGUGCUUCAUGCCAAGGCUGAAGGCAAGACGCCCCUCUACGUCAACUCUACUGCCGGAACGACAGUUAUGGGCUCAUAUGACCCCUUUGAAGAGAUCGCGGCCAUCUGCAAGGAAUUCGGCAUGUGGUUCCACAUCGACGCAAGCUGGGGCGGAUCCGUCGUCUUCUCGGAGAAGCAGAGGUUGAAGUUGAAGGGCUCCCACCUGGCCGACUCCAUCACGGUCAACCCGCACAAGAUGCUGAACGUGCCGGUGACGUGCUCGUUCCUUCUGACGCCGGAUGAGAAGGUUUUCCACAAGGCCAACACCCUGCCUGCAGGAUAUCUCUUCCACAACGUCGACGAAACUGACAAUGUGUGGGACCUUGCCGACCUGACUCUGCAGUGCGGUCGCAGGGGUGACAGUCUCAAACUGGCCCUGGCCUGGAUCUACUACGGCGCCGGCGGUUUCGAGAAGCAGAUUGACCAAGCCUUCUUGCUGGCAGAGCACCUGGCCACCCUCGUCCAGGAGAGCGAGAACUUUGUAUUGGUGUCAUCAAACCCACCGCCAUGCCUGCAGGUCUGCUUCUACUACGCACCGAACGGUAAGCUGGCGGAGGACCCUGCGACAAACACGAAGCGUACCAGUGAGAUGGUGUCCCGACUCAUCAGACGCGGCUUCAUGGUUGACUACGCCCCAGGAGAGAAGGGCAGCUUCUUCCGUGUGGUAGUCAACUGCCAGACCUUAAAGGGAACCGUGGAGGGUCUUUUCAAGGCGUUGGAGGAGGUGGGUAAGGAGGUCGUGGUCUAG